AUGAAUGAGAAAAAUGAUAGCGAACUCCGGAGUAGCGAUCAUGACAAUGGCCUUCAGGCCGUAGGAGAAACAGGCCCAGAUGGGAGUGACAAGACAAGGGGAAGUCAACACGUCGGAGGUUCUGUGGACGACUCGGGGGGCUCAGCGGAUGGGAUGCAUGGGGCAGACGGGGUGAGCGCGUCGGACGGGGUUAACCCUGCCUAUUGCGUCGACUCGAGGGAGAUAGCCCAUUCCGGGCACAUCAUCGCGGAUGGCCAAAGCGAGCGCAACGAAGGCGCGAUGAAAUCGUCCUCCUUUUUUGGAAACCUUUCCAGUAAGAUAGGAAAUUUUAACAGUGCCUCGUGUGAGGAGGGAAACACAGAUGGUAACGCUAAUGGAAGCGCGCAUGGCAGCGCGAAUGGUACCGCUAACGGAAGCGCACACAGCGUAAGUGAAUUAGGGUUGUUAUCCAAAGGCGCGAGCAGCGAGUUCCAGGCAGAGGCGAUGGACACCGUGCCACAGAGCGGAGAGUUGGAAUUAGCUCUCACCGCCAUAGCAGCGUUUAAUGAAAGAAAAAGUGAGUUAAAAGUAAGUAGGGGAGAAAUCUACCUCAGUGAGAAGGAGUUUGGUAUAAUAUCCUACCUCCUUUCAGGCAGUGGGUUCAGAUUCUGCCUCAUGGACGACCCCAAGAAGAAAAAAAAGAGAGAGCUGUUAAGGCUGGACGAACUUCUACUGGAGGCUAAGAGGUGGAAGGGUGAUGGACUUAGCUCGAGCGUCAAAAGGGAAGGAAGCCACGAAAGGAAACUGGGGGGGCACCUCACCUAUGUGGACAACAGUGAAGAUCCAAAUGGUGCAUAUCCCUACGAUGCAGAGGAUGGCAGCGAAGAGGAAGGAAAAUUGUCAACACGCGUAGGGGAAUUAGGAAUACACUGGGACAGAAGCGAAGUCAUCAAGGGGGAUGAAUCUCCCACAGAACGCGAGACACAAAGGAGACCGAAAGGAGAAGGUUACACCCAUCUCGACUCGGCAAGCGAAAGAGGAAAUAAAACAAAUAAUGACAUAUCAAACGAAAUGAGAAGUGGAGCUGAUUAUAAAGAAAGGCUACAGCUAUGUGAAGAAGUACUGACUCAGCUAAGAAACUCCUUUUAUGACAAAAUAUUAAACAUAGAAAAUAACUUUAAAAAUAUAAGUAACAAAAUUGAAGAGAGUAAUUGUUUCUAUUUCCAGUGUAUUAUGGAUAAGUUAAAGAAUGGGGGGUAUGAGAAUGUCUUUCUGAUUUAUAAUGACAUAUAUCUGUACGUUAAUAACUUAUUGUUCCUUUCCAAGCCGUCUAGUUUCAUUUGGAUGAAAGUGCACGAAUUGUCGACUCAGAUUAAUGCCUGCAUUUCUGAGGUUCAACUGAGGAUGGAGAAAAAGAAGAGCUCCUCUUCCCAAGGCGCGCAGCCCGCGUUACAAGAGCAGGCUGAUAAGGACGAGGUCGAUAAGGAGAAGGCCCUUCUUCAUCCCCCUGGGGACACCCUUGAGCAGUCCAUCAAUGAGGAGGAGAAGCUCGCCUUCCAGCUACUCCUAGGAAAGUUGCACCAAGACAUACACUUCGAGCUGUUCCGGAAAUUCAAAAGCAAAGCCGUGUGGAAAACCCUCGAGGGGGGAGAGAUCGAACUGGACGACAAGCUCACCAAGGCGGAUGUGUUCAGAGAAAUGUACAAUUGGUGCAAAGUGCAACUGGAGCUGAAAAGCAAGCGUAGUUAUGUGUCAGAAUCAGAGAGCGAUUCUUCGAAGGACUCCUAUUAG